AGCACUUGUUAAGAAACAACAGAGUCCACAAUGCACCUGACCAGACUUCCUGCCAAAUGAAUACUGGCAGGCUCUCAUGUGGAGUAUAAAUUGGAUUGCUGCAUGUAAUGAUGCAGUCAGUGUCAACAUUUUUUUACUAAUUUUUUUUCAUCUCUGUUUGGAAAAGGAGACCACAGAGGAAAAAGAAAGUCCCCAGCUGGUGAGCAAGCCCUAUCUCUACUCCUGCUGCAACAGAAACACGUCCAACCGGAAGAUGGUGGAGCUGCAGUGUGAGCUCUGGCUGUGCAGAGAGAGGAUGGAGAACGAGAGCAUACACUGCCCUGCCCUGCCCUGCCUGCACCAGAGAGAGGAUGGAGAACGAGAGCAUGCCCUGCCCUGCCUGCACCAGAGAGAGGAUGGAGAACGAGAGCAUGCCCUGCCCUGCCUGCACCACAGAGAGGAUGGAGAACGAGAGCAUGCCAUGCCCUGCCUGCACCACAGAGAGGAUGGAGAACGAGAGCAUGCCCUGCCCUGCCUGCACCACAGAGAGGAUGGAGAACGAGAGCAUGCCAUGCCCUGCCCUGCCUGCACCACAGAGAGGAUGGAGAACGAGAGCAUGCCCUGCCCUGCCUGCACCAGAGAGAGGAUGGAGAACGAGAGCAUGCCCUGCCCUGCCUGCACCAGAGAGAGGAUGGAGAAUGAGAGCAUGCCCUGCCCUGCCUGUACCAGAGAGAGGAUGGAGAACAAGAGCAUAAACGUUGAGCCUAACUAAACUUUGAACAGGUCCCUGACUAACACAUGCCUAAGUCGUUUACCUGUCAAUAAACAAAACAGUUUUGGACACAGCACUUUGCAUUGACUGCUCGGAAACAAAGCACACCUU